CGGCAGCCCGCGCAGCCGGUGACUCGGGGACUGGGUUUGGAGUAGGACCUGCGGCGUGCUCGAGACUCCGACUUCGGUCUUGCGGCGCUCUCGCGCCCGCGGGCCAUGCUCCACUGACUCUAAGUGGGCACUGCCCCGGCUCCGGGAGGGCGAGACAGAGCACCGACCAUGGGAAGCUUCCAGCUGGAAGACUUUGCGGCGGGCUGGAUCGGAGGUGCAGCCAGUGUCAUCGUCGGCCACCCUCUGGACACGGUCAAGACUCGCCUGCAGGCUGGCGUUGGCUACGGAAACACCCUCAGCUGCAUCCGCAUGGUGUACAGGAGGGAGAGCGUGUUCGGCUUCUUCAAAGGCAUGUCCUUCCCCCUCGCCAGCAUUGCCGUCUACAACUCCGUGGUGUUUGGGGUCUUCAGUAACACGCAGCGGUUCCUCAGCCAGCACCGCUGCGGAGAGCCAGAGGCCAGUCCUCCCCGCACGCUGUCAGACCUGCUUCUGGCCAGCAUGGUGGCCGGCGUGGUCUCUGUCGGGCUGGGAGGACCCGUGGACCUCAUCAAGAUCCGGUUGCAGAUGCAGACACAACCGUUUCGGGACGCCAACCUCGGUUUGAAGUCCAGGGCAGUGGCUCCUGGGGAGCAGCCAGCAUACCAGGGGCCGGUGCACUGCAUUACAACCAUUGUGAGGAAUGAGGGCCUGGCGGGGCUGUACCGGGGGGCCAGUGCCAUGCUGCUGAGGGAUGUCCCAGGCUAUUGCCUCUACUUCAUCCCCUACGUGUUCCUGAGUGAGUGGAUCACACCUGAGGCCUGCACAGGCCCCAGCCCCUGUGCCGUGUGGCUGGCAGGCGGCGUGGCAGGAGCAAUUUCUUGGGGGACAGCGACUCCUAUGGAUGUUGUGAAAAGUCGACUCCAAGCUGAUGGGGUUUAUUUAAACAAAUAUAAAGGUGUCCUGGACUGUAUCUCCCAGAGUUACCAGAAGGAAGGUCUUAAAGUGUUUUUCAGAGGCAUCACUGUGAAUGCGGUGCGGGGCUUCCCCAUGAGUGCGGCCAUGUUCCUUGGGUACGAGCUGUCGCUGCAGGCUAUCCGUGGGAACCACGCAGUGACGAGCCCAUGAGCGCCAGCUUCAACAGCCCUUGCAGAGAAGUACUUUUACCUUCACUGUGCAGACGCAAUGACCCAGGCUCACAAGCGAGGACUGCAACCAGGGUACCUGCAGGGGGCACCGUCUUCCCACCUCCCUACUGAACUGCACAGCUUGACUCUGAGAGCCACCCACAGGCUCCCAGAGCCCUAGAGGACAGGUCUCUGCCACCAUUCUUUGCCUCCCAUACCCUCUUUUUCUUUCUCAUUGCAGAAAGAUCACUGUAGCCUGAGAACUCUUCUAAAGACAGCAAUCUGACUCCUGUGCUCACAUGCCCUCCUUGGCUCCCCAUUGCCCUCUAGAUAAAGCCUUCACCCUGCUUCCGCUGGCCUCACCCCUCAUCACUGUUCUGAAUGUCCUGCCCUCUCUCUCGCCCCUAGGUCUUUGCUCAGGCUGUCCCCUCUGCCUGACAUCCUCUUCUCGCUCCUUUCCCACUGUCCUUGGCUUCACCAGCUCUUUGCCAUCCAGGCUGUAGAAGUCUCCUCCUCCAGGAUGCCGGCUUGCU